AUGUCUCGCGGAGGUCGUGGCGGAGGCGGCGCCGGUCGCAUGGGCGGCAGAGACCUGCCCUUCGAAGUCGACGCUGCCCUCGAGGAGCAGAUGGCCGCCUACCGGGGCUACGCCGACGACGAUGACUGGACCAAGACCCUCUACCCGCCCACCGAAGUCUACAAGUACAUCCCCGGCAUCGCCCACGAGAAGCGGCUCGUCAGCAAGUGGCGUGAGCACCGCAGCGCCAUGCGCAACGGUCCCCUCUUCAUCGACGUCGCCACCACCGGCAAGCGCGACCUGGCCGAGUUCAACGCCUUCGAGGACAUUGCCACCUACAGCAGCAAGAAGGCCAAACGUGCCGGCGGCUUGCCGAACCUCAAGAAGGUGCCCAUCGUCAAGGACCUCCUCCCGCGCGAGCUCUGGGACGUCGUCAGCGACGGCGAAGAGGGCGGUGACAACCCCGACGCCACCAAGAAGAACCUCGCCUUCCUCAAGAAGCGCAAGCUCGACAAGCUGGCCCAGUUCGACGAGGGUGCCGAUGGUGACGCUGCUGCCGACGCCAAGGACGCCGAUGACGAGGUCAACGAGGCCGACCAGGAGGGCGAGGAUGGUGUUGAGGAACUCCAAGACGAUGACUACGAAGAAGAUGAAGAUGACUUGGGCAACGACUACAACGGCGAGCAAUACUUCGACAAUGGCGAUGACGCUGAUGAUGACGGCGAUGACGGAGGCGCCAACGAGGAUGCAUGGAAGGAAAAGGAGCAGCGCGAGGAGCAACGCCGCCGUGAGCGCAAGUGCGAGCUGAAGUCGAGGCGGGAUUACGACAUCACGCACGAGCGCAUCACCUGGGACCGGCAUGCGCAGGUGAUUGAGGGAUGCGAGUACAUCUCAGGCUACCUCAAUCGCCGUCUCCAGAAUGCCGCUCGCGAUGAGGCCGAGGUCGAGGAGGAAGAGGCCGAGCGGCGGAGCGUUCGGGCGAGAGCCGACGAGACUCGUCGCUAUGGACGUGCCGAUGUGGCGAAGAAGAAGGUUCGUCUUCAUGGUUCACGCUAA